AUGAUAUUCCCUAUCAUCAAAGUCGUGGUCGGCCUUUGGCUUUGCACGACGACUGCAGCCUAUCGUUUCCAGCCGGACAAACACGAUACUUGGGAGAAUAAACGAAUCCCCUCCCUGAUUGACUUGUCUGAGGACCAAAACAGCGGGUCGUACUGGAGCAGCGCUUUCGUAACCGCAACUACGGGACAGCAGUUCCUCCUUAUUCACCACCAAUUUUCCAACUUUUGCAAGUCCUCUUUGCUCGACCUUCAGACCUUGGAAUACUCGAAACAUACGGAUACUUGCGAGAUCACCAACAACACUAAGGUCGUAACGGCGGAUUCUCUAAGCAUCAGCUUUCCCAACCUUUCAAUCAUCGCCGAUGUCCCGGAUAAGAUUUCUGAGUUGCAACUCUACGCCAAAGCGCCCGAUUACUCUUUCUCUCUCGAUGUAGAGGCGAAAACAUCGAAAGUCUUGCUCAAUGGCGGCAAUGGUGUCAUCGCUUGGGGACCUGGCCGUGUGACUUGCAGUCACUGGUCCAUUCCAGCUGCCCGCACUUCUGGAACGCUCACACUCGGGGAAAAGAAGCCUCUGACCAUCGACCCAUCCAAGUCAUUUACCUGGUACGAUCAUCAAAUCAUUCAAGGCGCUCCGAGCAACUUCACUUGGUUUGAGUUUCACUUCCCUGACCCCAACAUCAGAGUCAGUGUAUGGGCGUACGACUGGACUGCGUCUGACUCGUGGAGAUAUGCCACUGUCCGUGUCGGUGAAGAGACUACUCUGGUGUUGCCAUUGGUCCUUUCGGUGGAUUGGGACAAUGCGUGGGUGUCGCCUUGGUCCGGUAAAAAGUUCCCCCAGAGCUGGACGUUGAAGUUUGACAACGGAGACUACUUGCAGGUCAAAUCAGUGAAAGAAGAUCAGGAGGUUCAGAGUGGAUCUUGGACUGGGUUCGUCACAGUUUCACGCAGCAGGUUUAUGGGUCAGUCUACAGGUUUUGGAGUCGGUGACGUAAUCUAUCUGCGUUAA